AUGGAGAGAGCGCGCGAAGAAAAGGCGAGUAGGCGGGCGGCGGCGAGCGUGUUUGGCCGUGGAGCGGGUACCAGGGAUUCGGCGGGUUGGAUAGGGGGAGGGGGCGUGCAGCCAAGGGGCCGGGGGGCGGGAGAGAAGUCGAGGAGGGGUGUGGGCAUGAACAAAAGCUCGACGACCUUGGGUACCGCACUGCAGUUACAUGCAUCUGUAUACUUUGGGACGAUUACCACCAAUAAAACCGGCGCAGGCAUCCGGCACCAAGCAGUCGAGACAAGGUCGCUCAACGGUGGUGCCGGGGGAGGGAGGGAUCAUGGGUCGGUCAGAGCAAGCGAUGGGCUGCCAGGAUGCGUCGCCGGUUGGGAUUUUGGACGUGCGCAUCGCGCGAAGAGGAGCGCAAGCGGCAACGAGGCCAAGCCCCAGGAAGAUGCGCAGGCGGCAUUUUCUCCUCUCCUUCGUCAGUCAGAUCGCAGACAGAGCCCGGGCAAAUCUCUUGGACCGGCAGCCAGCUGA